ACGUGUGAAGUAUGUUUUUGUGUUGUGCUGCGUCAGCACAUUAAAAUACACAAAUAAUAUGUAUUUAUAUAUUAAUAAUUAUUAUUUUCUUAUUUAUUAUUAAUAAUAUUAAUAAAUCGGACUGGCGGCGGACUCGGCGUGCGUUGGGGGCAGAGAGUUCUGGCCGGUGCUGACCGUCCUGCCCCAUACCAGACACCAGAUGACGCUCUUGUCUUACUGUCCUGCCCUUUUUGCGCUAAGGAUCCCUGCCUGGUCCUGAGCAACCACCAGCUCAAAGUUUACCGGACACGUUUCUCCUAUUCAUCAAUAUCCCCAUUGAGUAUCAAAGCCAAUUUAUGACUGGCCAACAUGUGCACGUGAUCCCAUACAAAUACACCAUAUUUGGGCAGCGCACACGUCGGAUCAAGAAUAAAAAAAGAUACCAAAGCCUACUCCACCUAUAAAUCGUGGAUUAUUUUUUAAGGCAGGCAGCUCCGAAUUUUGCAAAAGCGGCUCUAAAGAAGAGCAAUGAUCAACAAAAACAAGGAAAUAACCGCAACACAGCACACCCCGCAGCCCUGUCUAGUUUAAAAAAAAAGUAUCGCUGGCUUGGUUCAACAUGAGCUCGUAUGUUGACAGCUCCAAUUUCAGGCAAACAAGCGAGACAACUUCUCCUAACAGUAUGUUUAAUUUCGAUCUAUCUGGGCGCGCGUCCAGCCGCUUUGAGGAUGUGAAUGUGAACGGGAUAUUCACUUGUCCCGUCCCCACGACCUCUGUUGAACAGGAGGGGAUGAAAACUAGCCUGCGUGGCAGUGCGGAUACUCCUCUGCCGUCAGGACCACAGAUAACUAUGGUCUCCAGUAGCUCGUCCAUGGACUCAAGCGGGCUCAGCUACAGCGGCAGCGCGCUGCUAGGGCGCGGGGCGGACAUAGACCCGGAGAGGAGCGCGAAAUCCGGCGGCACCAUGAGCCAGGAGGGCGACAGGAACGCGGAGAACACGCAAACGGUGAAACGAAACGCAAACGCGAACCAGCGUCAGGACAGUGAGCCGAGACCACAGAUUUAUCCAUGGAUGACAAAACUGCACAUGAGCCACGAAUCGGAGGGUAAGCGGUCCAGGACCAGUUACACCCGCUACCAGACUCUGGAGCUGGAGAAAGAGUUUCACUUCAACCGCUACCUGAGCCGCCGCAGGCGCAUAGAGAUCGCCCACACCCUGUGUCUAAACGAGAGGCAGAUCAAAAUCUGGUUCCAGAACAGGCGAAUGAAGUGGAAGAAGGACUCAAAGAUCAAAGUGAAGGAGUAGAGGAAGUGUUGGAGUAAACGGGGGUGCAUGCUGCACGUUUUCAGCGCCACACUGCACAGUGCUGGAGUGCCGCCUGACCUCCGGAUGAACUGCUAGGAGCAAUGACAUCAUGACACCGCCCUGUGUGCUUUAUCACCAAUUAUGUGUCACUUGCUGCAGUUUGGGACCUAAUGUAUUGAAUAUCACUCACUUUGAUCAAUCGGUUUACAUUUCUAAAUUAAUUUGGUGCCCAUGCGAUGAUAACCUCACUUGACUGCACGAAGUGGACAUGAGGUUGAGAGAAGCUGCUGCUGCUGCUGCUGCAUGGUCCUUCACGCUGCAAGGCUCUGGUCUGCAGUGGCUGCACAACUAUAUACUAAUAACCCAUGGUUUAUUUCACUUAGGACACGAGAGGUGCAGGCUGGGGGAUGCAUGCAUCAUUUCCAACUGUACAUCCCCAUCAUAUGAUUAAAAAACUAAUCAAAAACCUGAAAUGAAGGCGAAAUUAAUACUGACUGCUCUGGGAGAAAUCGUAAUGAUUAAAGGAGAUGUUUCCCAUAAGUCCUCGCCAGUAAAAGCUACUUCAUUAACCCUAAUAUUUUCUCUCUAACAUGUUGAAGUGCAACCCUUGGUUGGAUGUGUGCUUUUCGUUUCUUCUCCAUGUUGUCUGUCAUCUCUCUGUGAAUUUUUGAAAUCGUUCUGUAAUAAUUCAGCGACUGUAUGUGAUGAUAUUUGUGAUGUGCAAUGAAGCGAUUUCUCUCCUCCUUUGUAAACGUCAGGUGUCUGGUUUACCCAAGGCCGAGAACAACUCAUAUAGGUGCUCGUUUGUUGAUUGUAACCAAUAAACUAUCAUCAUUAAAACGUGGGAAAAAAAAUGUUUUCCUAUUGUCAUAAAAAAGCACAUUUCUGUUAUUAUUUUUCUCUCCUGAUUGUAGAGGUUAAUGCUAGAAUUACACACAUUUUUGUGUCUUUAAAAUAAUUCUGUCUACUGAAUUAAACUGCUACGAAUUUGUACAGUUUUUUUCUUAUUAAUACGUUUUGCUUCUGUUUCGUGUCUUUAAAUCUGUCUCGGGAAUCCACAGAAGUGCACUGACUGACAAACGCGCUCUGAAGUUUAAGGCCCCCCAUAAAACUUUAUUGCCCCUUUUCCACCACAGCACCACAGCCAGACUACGCUUCCUGUUUAGUCAGGGAAGGAAGACACACACUCACACACACACACUCACAGACACAUUGUAGCCUGUGACAACACUCGCACACAACACAACAUGGAUGCAAAACUUUGGUUUCCUGUGGCCGCACUCUGAUAUUACGCGCCACCAUUGUUGAGGCCAUAUGGCC